CUGAUGGCUUCGCAACUUGUGUCGAGGUUCUGAGACCUCUGAAACUAUAAUUGACGUUUUCCUGUUGCUUCUAAGGGAACUUUUGAUCCGUGUCAUUAACGCCGCGAUGGAUGCGUCUUGUUCACUGAGGUUGGAAGCAGGUUGUGCGCUCUCGCUUGGUCCCAUCUGGCAAUCACAGGACAGGCUCGAAAGAAGUCUAGACUCCGCUGCGAGACAAAACUCAAACGAUGGCUUACCACCUUCCAGAAAACGGGUUCGAGAAGAUGGUGCUAGUGAGAAGGAUGCUCCUUCUAGCAAGGCAAGCAGAGAGAAGUUGCGACGCGAUAGAUUAAACGACAGGUUUCUGGAGCUCGCGAGGGAGCUCGACCCAUCGGCGUCCGCCAGGGUGGAUAAGGCCGUCCUUCUCACCGACGCCGCCCAGCUGCUCGUGCGCUUGAAGGCCGAAGCCGCGAGCCUGUCGACAAGUAACCAGCGGCUUCAGGACGAAAUUACGCACCUCAAGGAGGAGAAGUCCGAGCUGAGGGACGAGAAAGCACGGCUGAAAGCUGAGCGGGAACGUCUGCACAUGCACCUCCAAUCACUCACAGCGCCCACCAGCAGAAACGGUGUUCUGCACCAGAAGCAAACCGCACUGGUUCAGAAAGCAGCGUUGCACUCAGCAUAUCACACACACCAAGCACCCAUUAAGCCUGAAGCUGUGCCGCUGUCUCACCACCAUCUGACGAUGUGGCAAUGGCUACCAUCGGCUCUCGCUGACGCAUCCAAGGACCAUAUCUUAACGCCUCCUGUGGCGUGAAAGCGUACUGGCGAGAUUCUACCUGUUUUGGUCAGCGACGUCAAAGCCGUGACCGUUUUUUGUUUGUUACUGAAAGAGCAGGUUGAUGUUUGCAUAGCAGUUAUAGCACCUGUUUUUUUGCCUACUUGAUGUGGCAUUAUUUUUUCGAAGCGUAGCUGGGCUAUGUUAUGUAAGU